UGUCGUUUUCAGAAUUUUGAACACAACUGAAGUUCUAACACUCCUUCAGCAGUGAGGGAUCGUGUUCGUUCCGUCACCAAUUUCGACACGGAUCAUACGCCCUAUUCAAACGGACUCUUCCACACAGUGAAUCUGAACCCGAUAGGUAUGAACAUUGCCGAACCAUGGGUGUUUUAAUGCUCACACUGCUGGUUUUCUUUGUGAGGAAUUCUAAUGAGGACGAGACUGUUAACGUUGGAGUUGUCAUUAGGCUCACACAGAAAGGCCUUACCUACGGUAUAAUUCACGGCCUCAGCUUUAGUGUUGUUAGUUUUACCAUGAAUACAGUCUUGGAGUCUGUUAAGAAACUGAAUCUGACAGCAUUCAGCAUACCCACAGCAAAUGUGACUACAAGCAAUGUCAGCUAUUCGAUUCAAAAGCUAAUAUAUACAGAUUAUGCUAAUCUAAAUGCAUCGAUUCUUAUCAAUGAAAAUCCUGGAUUGAAUGUUACAGUCCAUAGUCUUUCAGUAAACGCUAGUGGAGAAGUUGAGUGUCAAGCUAAGGAUAAAAGAAAUGUUCAGCGUUGUGGAAUUGAAAUGACAAUCUCUGGGUCGGGAAAUUUCCUCGUUGUAAUAGGGACAAAUAGACAGGGGAGGUUUAAUGUGUCGAUGAAACAAGAGAAGGGCAGCUGCAUCAUUUCGACACCAGAUCUCAAGAUAUGGGUCACAAAUUGUGAUAAACUCGCAGAAUCCUUAUGUGAAACAAAUUUGUUAGAACUUGAAGAAAAAUUUAAAAAAGAACGACUUACUCAGGCAAAGUUGUGUUUCUUAGCACGGUUCUACUUUUUUGCAAGAGGCGAUGCAGAAAUGAACACAAUUAUUUUGACUCCAAGGAUAGGACAAACUCCAUUUAUUGCGAAUCUUCUGAUGCAGCAACAACCAAAAUAUGAGUCCUCAUUUCUAAAUACAUAUCAUAAGGGUGACGUACUAUGGUUUCCGUCUAUGGACAAAAUAAGUAACACUGAAAAUGUUAGUUAUACCCUACAUAAUGAAUCAUCAAAAAUGGUGUACAUCUGGAUUUCUAAAGAGGCGGUCCGAUCUUUAUUCAAAGGAGCUCAAACACAUGGAAUACUCAAAUUUAAAAUCACCCCUGAGAAGCUUUCCCCCGACAAUCCGGGACUCAAUACGACGUGCACAGAGAAAGUUUGUGUCGGUCGUCUCGUGCCAGAACUUGAAGAGAAAUAUCCUAACCAAUAUAUGGACUUGGACAUCUACAGCUUGGAGACGCCAAAUGUGACAUUUGAGAAGAAUUUGGCGGUGAUAAAAUUAUAUACAGUCAUGUUUGUAUACAUUCGGCACCCGGAAAAACAAAAUUCUACACUGAUUGCUAAACUUGAUGGAAAUGCUGAGAUGCGAAUCAGAGUCUUUAUGACCAAUUCAACUUUUCAGGGGAAUAUCGUUGCGUUUGAGCCAUAUCUAAAAAAUAUGGAGUCAACUGUCCAUGGCUUUGAUAUGCAGACGGUGAAUUUUAUACUAAUGAGUGCAGUGGUGACAACGGUAGAACCAGUCCUUAACGAGCUCGGGAGAAAAGGAAUGCCGUUACCACUUACACCUAAAAUACAGCUGGAAAACAGUACUGUUAAUUUAAUUGAGAAUGCUAUUGUCAUAGGGAGCGACGGGACAUAUAACAGAACAGAAGAUUAGAUCAUUCUUCAGAUCGUUUGAAAUAUUCAGUGGCGCUUUGAUUAUCAACACACCAAGGGUCUUGAAGGCUAGCGUCCAGUUAAAAACUCUUUGAAAUAAACGAAUUCAAAAAUAUGUUUUAAACGUGUAAUGUACAUAUAUCUAUGUGAAAUAAAAGAAAACAAAUCUUUUCUUAAUAAUUUCAAUUUUAUAGAUAAAAAAUAAAUUAAAAUAAAAAUUGCAAAUAUGU